AGAACGCGUCUUCGAAGUAUAUCCUUAGCAACCUAACAUAGGCGCUGUAAUGUUGCGGUGUGAAUACCCAUGCUAGCGAACGUUAGCGACGUAGGAUAACUGUAGGUUAUAACUUUUUCUGUGUGCUUAGUAUUUUAUAUUGAUAUUGGUUCUCCCAUGAGCGCAAAAAUGAGAACUGUCAGCACACCUACUGGCAAGCGUCAGGAAAAAACUGAAGGCUUUACAGUCAAGUCGACCAUGAAGAACUCUGUGGUCACGGGCCCCCCCGUGGCGGGGGCGUUCCGGGAGCGGCCGUCCAAACCCACGGCGUUCCGCAAGUUCUACGAGCGCGGAGACUUCCCCAUCGCGCUGGAGCACGACACCAAGGGCAACCGCAUCGCCUGGAAGGGAGCAGCAUUGAGUGGCUCUGUCGGCGUUCGCUCCGUCGUGGCCGCCCCGCGCGGGCGGGUCAGCGAUUCCGCGGUCACCGUGGCGAUCGUGAUGGCGGUCAUCGUGGCGAUGGUGAUGGCGGUCACCGUGGCGAUCGUGAUGGCGGUCACCGUGGCGAUCAGGAGGCCCGCGGGCGUAAGGACGAAAGCACGCGAGUAA